AUGAAAUCGAGUUCGCAAUCUCUAUCUGACAAUCAACAACUCCCAUGGCAGCAGUCUACUGUCUUUCGACCAGAUAAUAAAGCUUCUCGAUGGAAGAAAAUCGUCAUGUUCCUCGACUACGAUGGCACCCUCUCCCCAUUUUCAAAAGACCUCGAUCGUGCUUUCAUAUCCAAAAAGAUGAGGACGUAUGUUAAAAGGCUGGCUAGGUGUUUCCCAUCUCCAUAA